AUGGCUCGCACAAAGCAGACCGCUCGCAAGUCCACCGGCGGCAAGGCUCCGCGCAAGCAGCUGGCCACCAAGGCCGCCCGCAAGAGCGCCCCGGCCACCGGCGGCGUGAAGAAGCCCCACCGCUACCGUCCCGGCACCGUGGCGCUGCGCGAGAUCCGGCGCUACCAGAAGUCGACCGAGCUGCUGAUCCGCAAGCUGCCGUUCCAGCGACUGGUGCGCGAGAUCGCGCAGGACUUCAAGACCGACCUGCGCUUCCAGAGCUCGGCCGUCAUGGCUCUGCAGGAGGCGAGCGAGGCCUACCUUGUGGGUCUGUUUGAGGACACCAACCUGUGCGCCAUCCACGCCAAGCGUGUCACCAUCAUGCCCAAGGACAUCCAGCUUGCUCGCCGUAUCCGCGGAGAGAGAGUGACAUUUGUUCCAAGAGUAACAAAAACAUUGACACAUUUUAAAGGAUGGCCUGUUAUAUAUAUACUUGGGCUUUUCUCCCCAAACAUCACUUUACUUACUUUCUAUCCUCCUGCCAUGGCUCGUACUAAGCAGACCGCUCGCAAGUCCACCGGCGGCAAGGCCCCGCGCAAGCAGCUGGCCACCAAGGCCGCCCGCAAGAGCGCCCCGGCCACCGGCGGCGUGAAGAAGCCCCACCGCUACCGUCCCGGCACCGUGGCGCUGCGCGAGAUCCGGCGCUACCAGAAGUCGACCGAGCUGCUGAUCCGCAAGCUGCCGUUCCAGCGCCUGGUGCGCGAGAUCGCGCAGGACUUCAAGACCGACCUGCGCUUCCAGAGCUCGGCCGUCAUGGCUCUGCAGGAGGCCUGUGAGGCCUACCUUGUGGGUCUGUUUGAGGACACCAACCUGUGCGCCAUCCACGCCAAACGUGUCACCAUCAUGCCCAAGGACAUCCAGCUUGCUCGCCGCAUCCGCGGGGAGAGGGCUUAAUUCCCAUUCCUAGUAUAACAAAAGGCUCUUUUCAGAGCCCCCUCCUUUGUCACCAAAAGG